AUGCACUGGGACAACAUCAUCCCCGGGGUUGGUCUUUCCAGAAGCUUUGCUUACGUACUCGAAGCUGUGAAUCACUCUUCUGAUGUAAAGAUGAAAAUAUUCAUUACAAAACAACAACAAAGAUUCAAUGGCUUAAUUAAAGCAUGUGACUCGUCUGAAACAUAACCAGAGUGACACACAAACUGUACACUACGGACUCCUCCCAUUACAACCUCAUAUACAGACAAUAGUGGGAGGCACAAGCAAACGCCAUACUCUCUCCACAAAGCAGCUGUACAGUCUGUCUUUUACCUUACUGUAAAAGAUGGCAGAGGAAGAAGCUGGUAUUUUCGUCAACCAGGAGCAGUUCAGCUGUCCCAUCUGUAUGGACCUCCUGCGGGACCCCGUCACCAUUCCUUGCGGACACAACUACUGUAUGGAGUGCAUUAAGAGCUACUGGGAGCAGAAGAACCAGAAGAAGUUGUGCAGCUGUCCAGAGUGCAGACAGACCUUCUCCCCGAGACCUGCGCUCAACAAAAACACACUGUUUGCUGAAGUUGUUGAGAAACUGAGACAGACUGGAAUGCGUUCCCCCAUCAUCCCUGGAGCUAUGGAUGAUGAAGUCAUUGCAAAAGAAAAGCAGGACCUCGUCAUCUUCUGUAAGCAAGAGCUUAAGCAGUCACAGAGGAGAUGCCAACAGGUCAUAAAGGAGCGCGAGACGGAGCUACAGGAUCUGAGUCACGCCGUCCUCUCUCUCAGGAGCUCUGCCCAGGCAGCAGUGGAGGAUACGGAGAAGAUCUUCAGUGAGCUCAUUCAGUCCAUUGAGGCACUGUGUUUUGAGGUGACAGAGAUGAUCAAAGCAAAGGAGCAGAUGGAAUUAGACGAGGCACAUGGAUUUAUGGAGAAACUAGAGCAGGAGAUCGCAGUGUUCAAGAGGAGAGAUGCUGAAUACGACACGCUUGCACACCUUGAUGAUAAAACUCAGUUCCUGAAGAGCUAUGAAGAACUUUGUGGUCAGCCGGAGUUGGUGACCUCUCCUGCAGUUCUAGUCAAUCCAGACUUCUCCUUUGAGAUGGUGUCAAGAAAACUCACAUAUCUGUGUGAGGACAUUAAAGAUCUGUGCAAGAAGAAAUGGGAGAAAUUGUCAAAAAAAGUGACAAACCUGAAGUUUAUUCCUACACCUGAACCUAAAAUCAGAGAGCAGUUUUUGGAAUAUUCGGGUCCCCUGACUCUAGACCAGAACACGGCUCACAGAAACCUCAGUGUUUCCUCAGAGACUGGCGAGGUGACAUGCAGCAAAACCUCUCUAUCCGUUCCUGACCACCCAGAGAGGUUUGACAGCUAUCACCAGGUCCUGUGCAGGGAGAGCGUGUCCGGCCGAUGUUACUUCGAGGCAGAGUGGAGCGGGAAGGGUCCCGUGCACAUCGCCGUGUCUUAUGAGGACAUCAGCAGGAAAGGAAAGAGCACCCUGUGUGCAUUUGGACACAACGCCCAGUCCUGGAGUCUGGUGUGCUCUGAGGAUACAUAUGCAUUCUGGCACAAUGGACGGGAAACUAAGAUUCCCAAAAUGCAGUGGGCUCGCAGGACUGGCGUUUAUGUUGACUUCUCUGCAGGAAUUUUGGCGUUUUACAGCAUCACAGACUCAAUGAAUCUCAUCUACAGAAUUCGGACUGCAUUCUCUCAACCGCUCUGUCCUGGAUUCAGAAUUAACACCGGGUCCAGUAUGAGACUUUGUUAUCCACUUUAAUGGCAUGAAAUGGAGAUUAUUCAGUUCCUGAGCAGUUGAAACUUAAGAAAUGAAGUAUGAGAGGUCAGGCUCUAUUGGUUAACAUUAGUCAAUUACAUUAGUUAACAUUAGCUAACAAUAAGAGUACUUCUACAGCUUAGUUAAUGUUAAUUUCAUAAUUUACUAAUAUAAUAUUAAAAUCAAAAGUUGUAUCUAUUAAGAUUAUUUAAUGGACCUGAGGUAACAUGGACUAACAAAGAAAAUCUGUAUUUUUGUAUUUGUAUAUAUCUGUAUUAUAAUGUAAUAAAUACUGUAACAAACGCUCAUUAAUGUUAGUUAAUAUUAGUUAACAUGAACUAAUGUUACUAAUUGUAAAGUUUUACAUAAAUGACCAACACACUCUCAUGGCAAUUCGUAACAUUUUGGGUAAUUCAUAUCCUCUCAUUUGAAUGUUUUCAUACGACCUGCUUAUGUCCCACUGAUAGAUUAGGGGUAAACCUUCAUGGUUAGAUUUUUUUUUUUUUUAUCACAAAUAUCUGUACAAAUCACAUCAUACAAAUUCAUACUAAAUUGCCACCACAUAACAUAGUUACUUUUUCUCUGCAAAUGUUAAAUUUGGCAGGUUGUGCUAACUGAAAAAACUUUCUUUUUAAGAGCAGGUCAUAUGGUAAUUUAAAGUGUCCUAAUAUUGUGUUGGAGGCCCCUACAACAGGUUUAAAUGCUCUGUUAACAUGCUUGGAUACAGCACUCUGUGAA